CUCAACCUUUGGCACAGGCGCUUCAUAACUGACACCACCGUCGGUCCCUCGCCCUUCUCACUCCCAGCUUUGGACCGAUACCGUCAUCUUCGGCGAGCUUCCCCCCAUCGCCGACGUCCCCAUCUCCUGGGCCGAGUCCAACUUUGUUGGCGGCAAAGACAGUGCAAUGCAAGGUCUCGUCGGCCUCGCUCUCCCCGGUCAAGACUCUGCUUCUCCCCUUGGUGGCUUCUUUGAGAGAGUCGUCAAAGCUGGAGUGCUCAAAGAGAACAUCUUCUCUUUUGCUCUUGCUCCCGGUGGAGUUGGAGAAUUGCAGUUCGGAAGCGUGGCGGAGGCGGCUGUGGCUCCACCUAAAUGGCUGCCUGUGCUGCCUGACCGACCGGGAGAGUGGCUUGUCAAGGGCUCGAUCAAUGGACUGGAGAGACGCAUGUUGCUGGACACUGGAUCCAGCACCAUCUUAGGUCGCAAGGAAGACGUUCUCCCCAUCUUCGAAAAGCUUCAGGACUUCAUCGACGUCCUCGAAGAUCCCGACGGAAGCAUCUUUGCCGUCCUCAAGGACUCCUCCAAACUCCCCACCUUCACCUUUACCUUUGGUGACUUUUCCUUUAGACUUGGAAAGGAUGCUCUUUCCUAUGGAACUAUGCCUGAUGGUCGUCAGGCAUUGAGUAUCAUGGGAGAUGUGAUUAUGGAAAAGUUCCCAAAGGAUGUCUGGAUCGUGGGGGAUGCUGCGUUGCGUGAAGUUGUUUAUACGUGCGAUUGGGAUGGGAAACGUGUGGGCUUUUCCCCACACAAGAACACCAUCGUCGUCUAGACGCAUCGGGGGUACGGUGGAGCACCGAUUCCACUAGUCGAAUACCAUCCCAGCUCCCUCAUCUUGUCUCUAUAUGCCGUCAAUGACGAACCAAAGCUCAUUAAGUGCAUCCAGAUAUCGCCUUCCCCAUCUCUAUCGCCACCGCGUCUUCUGCCUACCACAAAGCCCUGUAGGAUUCCUCAGCCAAAAUCAAUGCUGG